UCAAAUUAUCUCCCCUUUCCCAUCCACAUUUGUUUUGAGCUUAGUCAUUUUCUCCGAAGUUGUACGUAAUUUGUGACAGUGAUCAUGACUACAAACUACAAGAUUGUCGCGGAGGACCCACAAUUUCAACAAGAGCUUGCAAGUGCUGGGUCGAAAUUGGUUGUAGCGGAUUUCUUCGCUACGUGGUGUGGGCCAUGUCAGAGGAUCGCGCCAAUAUUUGAAGAGUUCAGUACCAAGUACCCGAAUGCAAUCUUCCUAAAAAUCGAUGUCGAUCUUUGUCAGGAAACGGCUCAGUCACAAGGCGUCUCCGCCAUGCCGACGUUCAUGUUCUACCGCAACAAGGUGAGGAUCGACACUCAGAAGGGCGCAGACCCCAAGGCCUUGGAGGAGAAGAUUAAAAAGUGGUACGGUGAAGAGGACGAAGGAGAAGAGGAGGUUGUCGUCAAAGGACAUAUGGAUCUUUCCACCUUCAUCUCUAAAUCUGGGUGCGAGUGCCUGAACGAGUCUGAUGACCACCCACUUGCCCAUGCCCUCUCACAGAAAGGAGGAUUCUUGGAGUCAGACGUUGAUGAACAGCUCAUCAUCAGUUUGGCCUUCUCUCAGCCAGUGAAGCUCCACUCUCUCAAGGUGAACGGGCCAGCAGAAAAUGCACCCAAAACAAUAAAAAUCUUCAUCAACCAGCCAACAACUCUAGAUUUUGAUGGCGCCGACAGUAUGGAACCUGUACAGAAAUUUAUACUUACACCUGACGAUGUCAAGGAAGGUGCCCUUGUUCAGCUUCGCUACGUUAAAUUCCAGAAUGUACAGAAUAUCACAUUUUUCAUCAAAGACAACCUUGGUGAUGCUGACACGACGCAGAUUGACUACAUUGGUGUAAUAGGCAGCCCUGUGCAGGCUACCAACAUGUCCGACUUCAAACGGGUUGCUGGCAAGAAAGGCGAGAGCCACUGAACAAGGUCUACGUCAAGUCAAUGAAUUAUCUCCCUUGGACUGAAAUAUAUGGACAUGACUUAUGUGAAGCAACACUGUAACUGGAGUUGACAAGCACAUGGACAUGUUAAUGUGGCUUCGGGAAUUCUUUAUGGACCUGCACAGAAGCUGAAAUUCACAGAGUCUGCAUCAAAUGACAGUAAAAGUUCCAAGUUUGAAUAUAUAAUUUCCCAUUUCCUCAGAAUGUACAUAAAUAAGAACCGUUAACAUAUCCCAUUUUGAACAAUAUCACCUAUGUUUUCAUACCAUAGUUGGAAUCCUACAUAAAACCUUGUGAUUUGUUUUAACAUUACUGAGGAUUCAUUUUUUCAAAGACCUUUAAGUGCAGACCAGCUGAAAGUGAUUGUCAAUAUUUUGGAUAACCGGUUUUGAAAUAAAUGCUGCAAAUCUACAUUCCCAGUUAGAGUCCCACAGUACAGGAUCACUAUUAUUAACAUAAUUCUACUUUAAAUUUAGACUAAAUUACCAAAAACAGUUUGUACAAUUUUGUCACAAUUUGAAGUCUUGUUGGAGACAGACAGCACAACAAUGUGUUUAUUAUUAGGUAAGUACAUGUGUACUGCUCAAAGGCAGAUUUGUUCAUGUUCCUAUACUUAAUAUGUCAUGGGGGGAAAUGCUGCAUGUUUAAUUUAUACACUGAUUAUCAUUCAUGAACUUCUGAUCACUGGUACUUGUACAUUUGCAAGAGAGUUACUGUCAGUGUCCUGAAAGAGUUAAGGUAUUUGUUUAUGAUAAUGUGAACAUUUUUACUUUGUGCAUUUCUUUUACAGUUUUGAUGCUUAUUGGAUAUAAUCCAGUUUAAAUAUCAUGAUCUUUCCUGUGAUUAUGGACCAUAGUUCCAAAGAGCUGAGUCAGUGGGAAUGUGUAUAGAUUUGAAAGCCCAAAAUUUAAAUUUAAAUUAAAAAUAUGAAUAAUUAAGCUAUUUGGAGAACUUGGGGUGAUGGGGUAUCCUGGCAGUUAAAACGUUCCCUCAUCAUGCCAAAGAAUCAGGUUCGAUUCCCCACAUGGGUACAAUGUGUGAAGCUAGAAUAUUGCUAAAAGCUGUGUAAAACUAACUCACUCACUCCUUGGAGAAUAAGCCAAAUGAGACUGACCGGUGUAUGUAGGCUUUGACGGUCACAUAUUUUAAUCAUUCAUGUCUCCUUGGUUUAAUUAGUUGAUAAUGAGUCAGUAUCUGAUUAUAUUGCCUACUACCAGAGUUGCCUCCCUUAUCUGCAAUAUCAUCUGUUUGAAUCCUACAUUAAGUUUACACUUGUUGGUCUGUCAGCGCUCUAUGUGAUGACAGGGUCAAGGUCAGAUGUUUCAUAUCCAACUAGUCCAUAGCUCUUUUCAAACAAGUGGUUUCAAAAAUAUACAAACAACUAGUCAGUUGAACUUUUCUCAGUUCUUUGAAUAAUGGACUAGUUGCCGUGAUUCCUUCAUGAUCAUUUACUUUCAUUCUGUUAAGAUCUUCACUAGUCUUGGAUGAACGGACAAGUGGCAUUUGUUAUCACUUAAGGCCUUUCCGUUAAGAUCAGUCCUAAAUUAACAGACCGCAGGAAGGGUAACUCUAGAUUUCACAAGGGACAAUCGCUUCAGGACAAUCGCUUCAGGGCAUUCUCCACAUACUGUCCAGUCAAGAAACUGUCCGAUCUUUGUUAGACUGACUCUCUGUACAGAUCAUCUAUCUCCAUGUAUUUUAACAGAAGUGUAUGUCAUUUGUAAAUGAUGCUCUGAAUAAAGAAGGAUGGAAGUUUG